CAGAGCGGUAGGAAAAUGAUCGCUGGCGUUCCAAUGGGGAAGCGCAGGGUCCCGGUGGAUCCCGGAUGCCGUCGGAGGUGCCUGUGCUGAGCUGGAGAUCGGAAGACUCCUGCUUCGAGAGGCCCCGCGGGGUGGGUUUUCUUCAAGGCUGCGGCAAGCAAGCAGCGGCAACGUAUUCCCGGCGAAGAGCUGGAGGUUCCGGCAACAGCCACGACCGCACCGCCCCCGAGUUUGCAGCGUGUUUGGGAAAAUGUGGCCGCGAGCAGCGGUCCUCUGGCAGCGGUAGCGUUUGCUGCUCGGGCAACGCCGUUUCCCUCCUUUCGGACGGCUUCUGUCCUGUCCCCCUGGCGGGUGUGAAACAGCCCUCGGUGCAAGAUCUUCGUCCUUCAGACCCCUUUUUUCGUCCGCUUCGAAAGUUGACAAAUUGACUUCCUGAUGUCUGCGGAUCCUGUGCAGCCUAAAAACGGAUGAUUUUAUUUUAUUUUUAUUUUUGCAUUUUGCUGGACGGGCUGGAUACAUUUCUCAACGUUGAUCGGUGGCUCUUCCCUUGCGAUUUAAGGUGCUUUAAGGAAAGGUUUUUCCAUUCCUGGACGUUUCUCUUCCAGCUGAUUGCUUUUCAGCCGUAAGCCUGGCUUUGGACGGGCUCUGGGAAAUCAUGGGGCUACCUGCCUUGGAGUUUAGCGACUGCUGUUUGGACAGCCCCCAGUUCCGAGAAAGGCUAAAAUCUCACGAAGCUGAGCUGGACAAGACCAACAAGUUCAUCAAGGAGCUGAUCAAGGAUGGAAAGGCACUCAUUGUGGCCCUUAAAAAUUUGUCUUCAGCAAAACGAAAAUUUGCAGACUCCUUGAAUGAUUUCAAAUUUCAAUGUAUAGGCGAUGCAGAAACAGAUGAUGAAAUAUGUAUAGCAAAAUCCCUGCAAGAAUUUGCUACUGUUCUAAGGAACCUAGAAGAUGAGCGCAUACGAAUGAUUGAAAAUGCUGGUGAAGUCCUAAUCACACCUCUGGAGAAAUUUCGAAAAGAGCAAAUUGGUGCUGCUAAGGCAGACACCCAGGUGGACCUGGUCAGGCAGCACUUUUAUGAAGUUUCUCUUGAAUAUGUCUUCAAAGUACAAGAAGUUCAGGAGAGAAAGAUGUUUGAGUUUGUGGAACCACUGCUGGCAUUUCUGCAAGGGCUGUUCACGUUUUACCAUCAUGGCUAUGAGCUUGCAAAGGAUUUCAGUGAUUUCAAGACAGAGCUGACAAUCAGUAUACAAAAUACAAGAAACCGUUUCGAAGGCACCCGGUCAGAAGUUGAAUCCUUGAUGAAGAAAAUGAAGGAGAAUCCUCAUGAGCACAAAAACAUCAGCCCCUUCACCAUGGAGGGCUACCUUUACGUUCAGGAAAAGCGUCAUUUUGGGACAUCCUGGGUAAAGCAUUACUGCACAUAUCAGAGUGAAUCCAAACAAAUAACAAUGGUGCCAUUUGACCAGAAGUCUGGUGGAAAGGGGGGAGAAGACGAAGCUAUUACUCUCAAAUCUUGCACUCGACGGAAGACUGAUUCCAUAGAGAAGAGAUUCUGCUUUGACGUAGAAGCUGUGGAUCGGUCCGGAGUAAUUACAAUGCAGGCACUUUCUGAAGAAGAUCGAAGGCUGUGGAUGGAAGCAAUGGAUGGCCGAGAACCAGUGUACAACUCAAAUAAGGACAACCAAAAUGAAGGCAUGGCCCAGUUGGAUAAUAUGGGUUUCAGCAUCGUCAAGAAAUGUAUCCAUGCCGUUGAAUCUAGAGGGAUCAACGAACAAGGACUCUACAGAAUAGUUGGGGUCAACUCCAGAGUUCAAAAACUAUUGAGUAUCUUAAUGGAUCCCAAAACUGCUGAGACCGAAGAUGACAUCUGUGCAGAAUGGGAAGUUAAAACAAUCACCAGUGCACUGAAAACAUAUUUAAGGUGA